GUUUCCUUUGCAAAGGCUAAAAAUGAUAUUUUAAGUAAUAAUUAAUUUAUUGUUUUCUUUCAUAAAUAAAUAUUUAUUUAUUAAUAACAUGGGAUAACCUUUCACAAAAAUGUGGCGCUGUACCAAAAGUAAUGAAAUAGAUGAUUAUUUUGAAAGUUCGAAUGUUAGAUCGAAUACUAUAUAAUUUUAUAUCAUAUUAGUUCUAAUAAUAGAAGAUAGGAUUCAAGAGUUUUGCGUUUUAUUAGCACGGCAGUAUUAUAUUGCAUCUUUCUAAUAUUAGAUCAUAUCUUUUUGCUACCUGGGAAGAUGUACAAAUGAAAAAAAUUGCUUCAAUAAUAAUUUACAUCUUAAUUCUUGUGGAAAAGGGAAAGGGUGACGAUGCUUCAAACAGCACAUUGGAAGCUUAUUACUUGGAAGAACAAUGCCCUCCUUCUAAUAGAAUACUUCCUUGCACUUGUAAUGGACCACAAACUUUUCUUUUAUUUAAUUGUGACAAAAUAAUUGAAAUCCAAAGCAUCAUUAGUGCAACAAGAUCUAUACCACAAUUUAUUCCUUUUGGUAAAUUCAGCCUAACGAAUUCUAGAAUUCAGAGUUUAGAGUUUCUUCUCUUUGGGCAGUUUGAAUACAUUUAUAUGAGAAAAAACACUCUUAAAAAAAUAGGCAAAGAGUUUUUUGACAGUUCUAGAGAUUCUCUAAAACGAAUUGAAAUUAUUCACAAUGAUCUCGAAAAAUUCCCUUUUAAAGAAUUGUCAGCUUUUUCAAAAUUGGAAUUUAUCAAUUUGAAAUACAACUCCUUUAAAAGCAUUCCUGAUGAAGCUUUUGGUAAAACGUUCAAUAAUAAAAUCAGAAAAAUUGAUCUCUCAUUUAAUAAGAUAAAUCACAUUGGAACAAAUGCUUUCAAAUUUCUCACUAAUCUGGAAUCAUUAGAUUUGCAAUAUAAUAAAUUAACUGUUUUAAACAAUUUGGCUUUUUCCGCAAUAGAAGGGAAUUCGAAAUUCCAGCUAAAUUUGAACAACAACAAAAUUAUGUACAUUGCCGAAGGAGCGUUUCAAAACCAAGUCUUCAAGAGUUUAAAUCUGACUGAUAAUAAAUUAACAACUCUGCAAGAAAAAGCCUUUCGGGAAGUACUGAAAAGAAUGGCUGAAAGAAGAACAGGAACUAUUUCAGUUGGAAAAAAUCGAUUUCAUUGCACUUGUGAAAAGGCGUUAUGGGUUGUUCGUCUACCAAUUUUCUACAAACUUCCAAUUCUAGAAUUUGAAUGUUCAGACAAAGACAAAAAAUCUCUGCAAGAACUCACUCAACAUGAUAUUGGGUGCUCAUCAUCAUCAUAAUGUUUUCUCGCAUCGAAAAUCAGGAGACUAAUUUAAUCAAUGAUCCAAAUGUGGAUGAAAUGUUUACCUAAAAUAAACUAAAGUUCAAUCUUUGCA